GGAACAGUAGGUGUGAGCUGUGGGAUGCCCCGAGCCAUGAAUGGCGUUUGCUAUACCGAGCAUCGUACAUCAGACAGCGCCGGCGGACCGCACACGUUGGGAUCCAAGAUGGGAGAAAUGUCAGCUGAGCUGGCGGCGUGCUUGCCCGGCCCCAGAGUUCCGCUACAUGUUGUGGGAUGACGAUGGAUUGCGCCAACUGGUGGAAGAGGCUUUUCCUCAGUUCCUCACCAUCUAUGACAGCUACAAGGAGCACAUACAAAGAGUGGAUUUUGCGCGUGCUGCGAUGCUGUACAUCCAUGGGGGUCUCUAUGUGGACAUGGAUGUUGAAGCGCUCGCAUGCCCAUUUGGGCACUUUCCAGCUGGCAAGGUGAGCGUUGUUGCAAGUCCUUAUGUGCAAAAUGAGAAACAUCAGAACUCCAUGAUGGCUUCGCCUCCAGGGCAUCCCUUCUGGGUUGCUAUGGCGGAAGAAGCUGUGCGAAGGCGUUCCUUGCCAAUGUACAGAACUACCUGGCAAUUGACUGGUCCACAGCUCUUGGAUUCAGUCAUCGAAGCAAACCCGCAGGUGAACAUUCUGCCGGCUGCGAUGUUUAAUCCUUCCAUGCAGUCGCCUGAAUUUUUCGCCUCAGGGAUUGUAGCUCGCCACUUUUGCACGAGCGUUUGGACUCACCAGAUGGACAAGCUCGGCAUGAGUCUAUAUCAAGCAGCUCGUGCAGGAGAUCUGGAAUCGGUUCAGUCUGCUGUCGCUGCCGGAGCAGACCUAGGCAGUCGAGAUUAUGCAGGCCUUACACCGUUGCACCAUGCUUCGAUAAGGGGGGAUGCUGCAAUGGUCGAGCUGUUGGCAUCUUUGCAUGCUGAUGUAUCUGCCAAGGAUAAGAACGCAACAACGCCACUGCACUACGCGGCACAAUUGUCAAAGCUGGAGGUGGGAGAAGACGAGCAAGCAUCGGAAGCGCAGCCACGUUCGUCAGGUCGUGCGACUUCUUGUGCGUCUUGGUGCGGCCACGGCUAUCAAGCUGCUUGAGGGCCCGUGCGCAGGAUUCACUGCUUGCGAUACGGCGAGGCAGGCACACUGCCUUGCACCACAAGCUGCUUCGGCUGAGAUUCUGCGAAUCUUGCAAGUUGCAACUGCAGCGCAGGUGCAGAAGAUGUCGUUGUGCCAGGCGACCAGCAAAGGCCGAGGCAUCCGCUUCUGCGAGCCUCGGUGCUCCAGGGGCAGCUGGCCGCAGCAGCGCGCCACGGAGCCGC